CUCAGACCACAGUCAUGUGACAGAUGUUUUUGUUGAGUCGCUUCCGCAUUGACUGAGUGUUUUCGCCGUAUCAUGUGGGUGUCAGACACCCAAACUAACGGGGUCAGGGGUUAAAAUAUCCAAACCGACUCUUCCAAAAUAUCUAACAGAAGACUGAGGACACACUGCCGCUAAAGAGACUCUUCCAGGGCGUUUUUUAAAGCGAGGGCCCGGUGACGGCGAUGGCGGACGGGGAACGGUCACCGUUGCUGUCCGAGCAGCACGAUGGGACCAACGGCUUCUCUCCCGGGCAAAGCUCGCAUGGAUAUCCGCCUAAACCUCGGAGUUUAGCACCGUUCCCCAGUUCAGUGGCCCCCGGAGAGCCUCCGCCUCCGUACUCCCCGCAGGGCAGCCCGGACAGCAGCAGCGCUCCGGUCAUCAGCUGCCGGGUCUGUCAAAGCGCCAUCUCUGUGGAGGGCAAAACCCACCAGCAUGUGGUGAAGUGCAGCAUCUGCAACGAAGCUACGCCAAUUAAAAACGCCCCUGUUGGGAAGAAGUACGUCCGCUGUCCGUGCAAUUGUCUUCUGAUCUGCAAAGUCACGUCGCAGAGGAUCGCCUGUCCAAGGCCUUACUGUAAACGCAUCAUCAACCUGGGACCGGUCCACAUUGGCCGGGACAGUCCUGAGCCACAGCAUCAACCCGUCGGAAUCAGAGUCAUCUGUGGACACUGUGCCAAUACAUUUCUGUGGACAGAAUUCUCAGACCGGACCUUGGCCCGAUGUCCACAUUGCCGGAAAGUCUCUUCGAUUGGUCGGCGGUAUCCCAGGAGGAGGAGCUGGCUGUGUUUCCUGCUCUUUGUCGUUUUUGCAGCCUCCACGGCUGGUCUUGUGGUUGGUACAUGGAAGCCAGCCAUGAACUCGAAGGGGAUCUAUGCGUCCUGGGUGCUGCUGAUUCUGCUUGCUCUGUUCACCUUGUUACGGACCAUCUAUUGGAGGUGUCUGAAAAUCAGCGAUCCCAUAUCCAGUAUCACGUAAAGACAGAGCGACUGAAAAGGCGAGAGGAAGGAGGUGAGAAGUUGACGUGGAGGUCAAAAGAAAAAACAGUCAAUUAUCCACAACCACUCUUGCUGAAGUGAAAAAAAUAAAAAUACCAUGAAGGGGAGAUUGAAGGAUUUCAAGAUAUAUAUAUAUAUGAUAAAAGUAAGGUAAAUCAACAUGUUUAAAAUACAACAUAUAUUAUGGAUUAGAAAUAUAACAGUAAUCCAAGAACUACAUGUCAUUUAUUGUUUGUCAUUGUCUUUCUCAUCACAAAGUGUUCAUAAACACAUUUGAAGAAAAUUACAGGGAAAUGGAAUAAAAGAUCAGACGUGUUCCACUGUGUUGGAUUUACAAUAUGCUUUAAAAAAAUAUUUCCCAUAUUUAAUCUUUACUUUCUUUUUGUGUGUGUGCCUCUAAAUCUUGCGGGACUUCAAUGGUUCCGUCAGAAAUUGUUGAAUAAAAUGAAGAGCAUCCUCUGCUCAGCUGUUAACUUCAGCUUGGAAUGAACACAGGGAGGACAGUGCCUGUCUGCUGACCGCUCAAACCAAAAUGCGAGAAACUGAGCACAUUAGGCACAAAAAACAAGAUGUUGGACUUUUUUUUUCCUUUUUCAAAGUUAGCUAUGCUUUUUUUUCCUCUUUUUUUAGAAACCACCAACAUUCUGUUAUUCAAUUAGAACUUCAUCUGACACAUAACAGAAGUAAAUCUGACUUCCCUUUUUUAAGCAGUUACUUGGGAGGGUUUGCUUUUCACUUUCAGCUGAAUAAACUGAAAGACUCUAAUGCCACGUGUGGACGUGUGUACAAUGACCAAGUUAUAUCCAGCUGCAGCUUUGCUUUGCACAAACACUUGAAAUAACAUCAUCGCGCUGUUCUUUAAGUGGGUUUUAUGAACAUUUGUUUUCAGCGGGUUUUGGACAGCGCUAAGCUAGGCGCUCCAGACACAAUACUGGUGAAAUCUUUUUGGGGUACCCUAUAAGCAUUAUGGGUCUGCUGGCACAACAGAUGCUUAAAAGAUGGCCAAGUAGUAUGGAAGGCAAACGUAACAUGUCACUAUCUCAGAGCAACAAGCAUCCAGAAUACCUCGUGGAGCCUGAUCGAACAUCAAUAAAACUCAUGCAUGAAAAGAAGCACAUUGGUUUUGUUUAGAAGGCAUUGUUUAUUGAAAAAGACUUUUUGACAGAUUGUGAAGAUGAACUAUGCUGUAAAACUUCUGUUUCAACUGAAAGGUCUUUGUUCUGUAUGGAAGGUGUGAUUUAAAAUGGAACGUUUGAGUACACAAUACAUGUAAAAUGCCACUGUAUGAACUAAAUAACAAGUGGAAGUUUGUAGAAAGCAUAAAUAUUCAGCUCUGAGGGUAAUGUAUUUUUAAGUUGAUAAAUGAUUUAUAUGGGAAAUGUUGUACAUCAGCUUUAAAAGUGUUUGCUUCUUGUCUGAGGUAGUUUUGUGAUGUCAGCAUUGGGAUCUCUCACAGGGCAUUUCUUUUAUUAACUUCUGUCUUUUUCAGUGACUUUUUUUUUAUUAUGUAAAAGCAAAUAAAAAAAGUGGGUUUAAAAUGAUAAAUUGGAUAUAUCGCUGCAGAGAAACCCCCAAUAUUAUGCUAAUCUGAUGGAUUUUUCCCCUUUGAAUAAUCAGUAGAAAUCACCUAAAGAACACACAGGGAAAUUAAUUAUUUUUAGUUUUUUUUAAGACAAGUAAAACCAAAUCCCGAAUUGUUUCUGUGAAAAUGUAAAUACCCUCAGUGGAUGUUGAUUAUUUUCAGGAUUAUCCGAAAUUUUUGCUUCCCCAUGGUGGCUAGAUAAUGGGAGUAGCUGCUGACUGUGAAAUAUGUUGCACUACACUGAACUGGAGGACUACUGCUUUUGUGUCUCUGACACUGUUAUUUGUUUUCCUUUUUUCUGGUGGAUGGAAAUUUCUUCUGUAUAUUGUGGAACAAAGUAAUGAUUUUAACAAAGUUGUCUGACUUAAAUGUGCCUCUUGCGUUCAUGUAUUUGUUUUGUUGAACUAUCGCAGCAACACCUAACAUUAAAGACACAAAGGGGUACUCUAAGAUGGUGUAUAACUUUAUUGUAAAUGGCUUAUAGGAUCACCAUCAGCACAAACCAUGAACCAUUAAACUAACUUCCCUCUUAUAACCACAAGAGGUCAGGAUAGAGCAGCACAUGACAAAGUCUCAUAGACUCCAGUUCUUUUUAUAAGAGGUUAGUUGAAUCUGA